AUGGGAAAAUCGUCUAGAAUUGAUUCAUAUUUUACACGAACAAGUACGACUAAUUUAGAAAGUGAUGAUAUACUACUUUCUAAUAUUAGUGGUAUUGAAGAGCCAGCUAAUCAAAUUGCUAGAAAAAAUUCAGGUGAAACCGAUGUUUCCUCUUUAGAGAGGGAUCCGGGAUUAAGACGUCCUAUAUUGGAGUAUCCGGUCAUUAAACGUGAUGAAAUUCGAAGAGCCUAUAUAAACCUUGAACCAUAUCAACCUAUUCUUCCUAAGUAUCCAUUAUCUGGUCCAACAAAUCGUCCUCGACAUUUUAUUUUUUCUUGGUAUUCUAAAUUUCCGAGUUGGUUAGAGUAUUCACCUAGUAAGUGUACUGCAUUUUGUCUUCCACGUUAUAUCUUCAACAAGUCUAAUGAACAUUUUGGAGGGAUUGCUUUCACUAUUAAGGGAUUUCAAAAUUGGAAGAAAGUAAAUGACGAAAAAAAGUGUGCUUUUUUAUGUCAUAUUGGUACUUCUCCUUAUUCUCCUCAUCAUAAUGCUGUAAGAUCCUGUGACGAUUUGAUGGCUCAAUCUCAACACAAUGAUAAUGUACUCUCAAAGCAAUCUUUUGUAGAUGUUGCGAAUAAUCGAUUACGACUCAAGACCACAAUAAAUGCAGUUCAGUGGCUCACUUUUCAAACUUGUUCUUUAAGAGGUAAUGAUGAAAGUGAAGAGUCAAAAAAUUCAGAGAAUGCUCCAAAGAAUGCAAAAUAUAUAUCUCCUGAUGUUCAAAAGGAGAUUUUAAAUAUUUUUGCAAAGAAAGUGCGUCGUACAAUACGUGAAGAAAUUGGUGAAGCUAAAUUUUGUAUCAUUGUGGAUGAGUCUCGAGACUUAUCAAAGAGAGAACAUAUGGCUAUUAUUUUGAUAUUUGUAGAUAACAAUGGUUGUGUGCAAGAGCGUUUCUUUGAUCUUGUUCAUGUUUUUGAUACUUCAGCCGUGACUUUGAAAAAUAACAUAUCUGCUAUUCUUUCUUAUCACAACUUAAGCACUCAUAAUAUUCGAGGUCAGGGUUACGAUGGUGCAACAUUGGUUGGAGCAUCUAGAGAGGUAAUUGACAUUCACAAUUUUUUCAGUCAGUUAUCUUUUAUCAUUAAUAUCGUCAGUGCUUCUUGCAAAAGACAAGAUGAACUAAGGGCUGCUCAAGCUACUAAUAUUGCCAAGUUGAUUGAAACUGGAGAAAUUGAGACUGGAACUGGAAAAAAUCAGAUUGGUAAUCUUCAAAGAGCUGGAGAUACUAGGUGGAGCUCUCACAUAAGCUCAAUUUGUAGUUUAUUUGAUAUGUUUGAUGCGACUUCCACUGUUCUUGAAAAUAUCAUCAAGGAUGGAAACAAUUCUCUACGUGGAGAUGCAGAAAGUGCUAUGAAUUAUAUGACAUCUUUUGGUAUUGUGUCAUCUUACAUCUUAUGA